UGACACUCCUCACUCACAACACUCCAUCAUUUCCCAUUUCUGGGCUUCCUCACGUCGGCUGGUGUUUCUUCCCCCCACUUCCAUCCCUGGCUUCCGUCAAGACUCAGCUCAGAAUCCCAUUUUCUCUAGAAGACCCUCCAGCUGGGUCCUCUGAGGACCAAGGAAGCCGGGAACCACCAAGGUGUGAGGGACCGUGAUGGAUCCGGUUAGGGCCCAACAGCUGGCAGCUGAGCUGGAGGUAGAGAUGAUGGCCGACAUGUACAACAGGAUGACCAGCGCGUGCCACCGGAAGUGCGUCCCUCCCCAUUACAAGGAAGCCGAACUUUCCAAGGGUGAAUCUGUGUGUCUGGAUCGGUGUGUCUCCAAGUACUUGGACAUUCAUGAGCGAAUGGGUAAAAAACUGACAGAGCUGUCGAUGCAGGAUGAAGAGCUGAUGAAGAGACUGCAGCAGGGCUCAGGGCCCGUGUGAAGGCCCCGCCCUAGGCUGCAGCGCUGACCCUUUUGCACUUGUCAAUAAAGAUACCGGUGACUCUA